CGAAACCGUCAACAGCCCGCCUCUGUCUUUUCCAAGUGCGUCGUGUUGGCCGUGCAGAACGAUGGCGGCCGCAGAGAAGUCCGAGCAGGAAAGCGAGCCGGAGGAGGAUGUGUACGAGGUGGAGAAGAUAGUGGACAUGAAGAUUUCAGAGGGUCAAGUUUUCUACAGAGUUCACUGGAAAGGCUACACUUCUGAAGAUGAUACUUGGGAGCCAGAGGCUCAUUUGGAGGACUGCACAGAAGUGCUUCAAGUUUUCAAACAGAAAGCAGCAGAAAAAUCACCUGCAAGAGACAAUCAGAAGCUUACCUUAGACAAAGAUAUUUUUGAAGAUGAAUCUACCGAUGAUUAUGAUACAGCAAAAGAAAUCUCUUCACCAAAGACCAAAAAGAAAAAGAAGAGAUCUAAAACUGAAUUGGACAUAAAACAGGACAGUCCCAAACUGGGGAAAAAAUUCAAAUCUAGCAGAUCAAAUAGUGGUGAUCUAGGAGAUACCUCAGGUGAAAAUUUGAGAGAUCUCUCAGAUGAUGAUAAAGUGAAGAAAAAAAAUUCAAGUGAUUUGAAGAAACAGAAGAAAAAACAUAGUGAGACAAACAAUUUUUUAUUGGAACCAGCUCCACAACAUGACUUCUUAUUAGAAACACCAUUAACCCAUGAUAAAUGCAAAGAUCAGGAAAAAUUCGAUUCUAUGAAUUCAACAUUAGAACAAUUGAAGGAGCGGGACCAACCAGACACUCCUAUAGUAUCUAUCAGAUCUUUAGAAAGUUCAGAAGAAGAUGACUUUGAACUUAAUUUAAAGAGAAAAAAGAAGAAAAUGGACAAAGUGACUAAUACCAAGCAAGAAAUAAAGUUACCGAAACAGAAUAAAAAUCAGAAUAAAGAUUAUCUGGAAAAGAAAAAUAUACAGAAAAAAAAUAACAGUCAUGCCCAGAAAAACAAAAGUCAUGAGAAACGUAAAGAAAAUUUAUCAUCUUUAAAAUCGGGAGGAACUGAAAUUAAGGUUCCGAAAUUUCAGCAAGAAUCCAAAAGCAGAAAGUCAAUAGAAGGGGAAAACAGUACCACACCUAAAUCUGAUUCUGUGAAACUGGUUAAAAAAUUGAGUAAAAUACAAAAUAUGAUUGAUACUUCACGCUCUGGGACUGAGAAGGUAAUUCAUGGUUCUGAAUCAAAUGUAACAACUUCAGGACAGCUACCCCUGUUCACUGAGCCUAGUCUGUUUGACAAAUUACAACUGGAUUGUGAUGUUAAUAGAGAAAAUGUGAAGACUGAUAAAUCAAACUGCUUAGCAGUAAAUACUGAGAAGCUGGAAAUAGUUAAAACAACAACCCAGCCCUAUUCCCGGGAGAAGUUGACAAAGAAAGGUGAAAGACCCAAAGAGAUGUCUGAUAAGAGGCAGGAUACAGACAAAGGGCGAAAGGAGCAAAAUGUGGACCACAAUAAUCGAGAGAUGAAGGGCCUUUUUGACAAGUUUCUCAUUCCCUUUACUGAUGUCACUGAUUCUGAGGAUAGGAAAGAUAAAGAUCCAGUUUCCCAUUAUCCUAAAUUUGAGGAGAAUCAAAAUAAAGAGAAUCAGCUACAAAAAGAUAAGAGAAAAGAGAAUGAUUCACAACUGCAAAUGGCACUUGAAGAAACUCAUAAAAAUAUUGAGACCAUUCAUCAUAAUGAAGAGAAUGCAGAAGACAAAAUGCCAAAGUUGGGUGUAGGCCUACAACUUGAUUGGAUGACAUUAGAAGAUUUUCAGAAACAUCUGGAUGGAAAUGAUGAUUUGCGUGCUCCACCAAAAAUAAUAUCCAAUAGUGUUUUGCGUGAUGCCGUGAGAAGUGGAAACUACUUGACAGUAAAACUUGCUUUAAAUUCAAGAGAAGAAUAUAAUCUGGAUCAAGAGGACCCUAGUGGAAUGAAUCUAGUCAUGUUUGCAGCUGCUGGAGGACAGGAUGAUAUUCUUAGAUUACUCAUCAAGAAGGGUGCAAAGAUCAGUUCUCGACAAAAAAAUGGUACCACUGCACUGAUGCAUGCUGCUGAGAAGAAUUAUCUGACAACAGUUGCUAUUCUUCUGGAAGCAGGUUCCCAAGUUAAUGCUCAACAGAUCAGUGGAGAAACUGCAUUAAUGAAGGCUUGUAAGAGAGGAAAUUCUGACAUAGUAAGACUUCUUCUAGAAUAUGGUGCUGAUUGUGGGAUCCUUUCUAAACAUCAGAACAGUGCUCUAUACUAUGCUAAACAGAGCAAUAACAUACUGGUCUAUGACCUGCUAAAGAAUCAUGUGGAAACCAUAUCCAGAGUGAUAGAUGAGACAAUUAGGGAUUAUUUUGAAGCACGUCUGUCAUUGCUGGAACCUGUGUUUCCUGUAGCUUGUCACAGACUUUGUGAAGGCCCAGAUUUUGCUUUGGACUUCAACUACAAACCUCAGUACAGUUCUGGUGAAGGAACUGGGAUUCUACUCUUCAUCUUCCAUGCAAAUUUUUUUAGUCAUGACCAUAUAGUGGCUAAACUCUGUGGAUCGUGCAGUGUUCAGGCUGUUAUUCUAAAUGAUAAAUUUCAGCUUCCCGUAUUCUUGGAUAGUCAUUUUAUUUAUUCCUUCAGUCCUGUGCCUGGCAGUAAUAAAUUAUUUAUUAGACUUGCUGAUGCUCCUACUGCUAAGGUAAAGCUGCUUAUUUGUGCAUAUAGAGUACAACUCCAGUGAAUGUCUUCAGUGCAAUCCUCCCUUCCUACAAGUGGAAUAAUUAGCAUGGACAGUUUGUGUGAGCAAGUUGUUUUCUUGGACAACACCUCUAGGAUAGUUGGAAUUUUAUUUUUUUCCACCAGAGUCUCAAUCUGUAUGGAAAUAAUCCUUGGACCUGUUAUAAACUUAAAUAUACAAGUAUAAGUUUACACAAAUUAAUUACUGUAUGUUUUUAAAGUUGUCUUUUUGUAGAUGGCGGACAGUAUUUGUUAAAUAGUUGGUAUAGUGUCUAUUUGCAUGUAAGAAUUUCUACAAACUUCUUCCACAAUGUGGAAUAGAAAAAAAAACAAUUUUUGCAUAUUUAUGAAAAGUACUUUUGAACAUGAUCAUCAUGUUUGUAUCAGUCUCAUUGUUUUUAUUCAUGUGUUGCAGAGCAGAUUCAAUUGGUUUAUUUUAUUAUGCUCAUGUUAACAUCAUUACAGAAUGAUGGGCAAGUUGAUGAUCUGCUUUGAGGCCUCUACUGUAAUUGACAGUAUUGAAGGCCAGGAUCAAUUCGCAUUUGAAAAUGAAGCUCCUGCCAUCACUUCACCACCAUGUCAUUUGUUUUUUGGUGUGUCACUGUCAGUUGUUCACUAUUUAUGAAUCUGUUUAUCAUGUAAAGAUGCAUUGUAAACUUUGGCAUUCAUUUUAAAUUCACUGUAUAAAUGGCACUUGAUAACA